GCUCAUUCACUUCAGUCGUCAGUCGACUGCCACGGCGCGAGCACGCCACGCUCCUACGCGCCUUCGAUGUUAGUUUACGAUUACGACAUCGUGUCGCAACUCGGAGUUUCGCCGUGACAUUGAAUAUAACUGUUUCGAAUAUGGGUUAAACGACCCUAUUGCCGCGAUGAGUCCGGGCGAGCGCGCCGCCCUUGGGCGCCGCGAUGCCCCUCGCCCUCACUAUGCUGCCACUGCACCGGGAUUCCCGCCACCGUACUACCCACCCUACGGGGUGCCGCCGCAUCACAACGCCUGGCUCGGAGCACCGCUCAUAUCCAUGACCGGGCGAACGCCACCGCCUCGCGAAAACCCCGUGUCCAAGCUCGCCAUGCACGCGCAGGGUGCUCCACUCAUCAUUCAGAACAGGCACGACCGCAGAAAAUUUACCACCGUACCGGAGCAACGUAAUCAUCGCACAGUUUUGCCGCCAGAGAAUAUUACGAGAGACAGACCUGACCCAGAAAACACGAGGCACAGAAAUCAACAUCAGCAACAACAUCAGCAGCAAACGCGCCCCUCUCGCGGACGCAACAACAACACGGACGCGGUCAGUGUCGCUAGUGAUGAAAGUUCCGGCUCCACCAAUUCUGAAACAAUGUUGCCAAGAAUUAUAAAACCGCGUAAACGGCGUAAAAAAGAUAGAAAACCUAAUAAUUUAGUGCCACACGAUUUAUCAUCCGCUGCAUUAGAACUUGGCGAUGUCGACCACUGUACAAAUAUGGGGUCGUCGUUGCAUGGCAUGUAUGAGAAAUCUUAUUCCAGAGAUAUGGCAUUACAGUACCAUCUAAACGUAAAUGUGGUAGACUACCCGGAUCCGGCUCCAGAAACAUAUAGGGUGGCUGCGUUAGGAGAGGCUUUUGAGGCUACUCGUUUUGGAUUAGCGGAGGCGGCUGCCCCUUCAGAAUCCGCCGCCAGCACGUGUCAGUGUAGAUAUUGCGACCCGGUUGGACAAAUUUGGGAUGCUAAUUCCAUUGCGCAUUUACUGGACGAAAAUUCAAGUGUUGACUUUGCACCCACGAAAUUAGAAGACUCGAUGAAAAUUGUGGGGCCACUGGGCAGGCGUGGAGCGGAUACGAUGUUACGGCGUAGUUGGAGUGACCCUUCGGCGCGAACUCCGGAAAGGAAAACGAAUAGCAGUGAGGCAUAUUCUGCUCCAAACCUCUAUUCGUUAUUCCCACCACCCAGAAGAACUAGCUCUCCGGAACCUAGAUCGCCUCUAGCUUUGGAGAUAUCUUCUGAAAUCGUCACUUCAAUAAACGGCCACCGUGACUUGGAAAUAAAGUUAUUUUCGACCUCGCCACCGGCCUCGACCUCCGAUCGUCGUUCUUUUUUCGACGAUAAAAGUGAAAGUGCUGUAAACGAUAGAAGUGCGAACGCGAACUCCGAGCUAAAAUCAAAAAGUGCAGUGAGCAGUGAAAAAGUGUCAAGUGCAAACAAUGUUAAAAAUAGUGUAAAUCUGGAUUCAGGGUGCAUGAAGGCACUCGGGGCCGGCGAGAACUCGCGCAACAUUUGUGAUUUAGCCUUAGUUUCUGCCUAAUUGUCUUCGUUGACCAUUUUAAUUGUAAUAAUUGGAUGCGUAAGAUUCAUCAGUUCAGAGGGGCUUCACGCUCGCCAUUUGAGCUGGACUCAAAUCAUUACAGCGAGGCAAACGCGGAGUGUCUCAACGCGACCCAAUAUAAUCGAGAUCUCCGAAAUCGGUUUCCUGUAGAUUCUAUGAUUAAUUUAUUUUUAACACUAGCUUAGGAGAACUUAAUGGAACUUUGUCUGGAGCAUUUACAAAUUCUGAUUCGCCGUUUUGUUGAUAAAAUUCAAAUUGUGUCGUUCAAUACUGGGUGACAUGAUGAUUGGUGUUGGGUUCUUUACAAUCUGGGAUUGGGAGAUUAUUUAUUCAUUGACGCGGCAGCAGUAGGGCACAUUGCGAGAGAUUUCCAGUUGCCUCAGCCGUGCGCAAUUAUAGUUUCACACUACUGACACGGUUGCGCGGAUGCGUGCUCGCUAUUGCGGUUUCCCGUGGUUUUCACCGCGCGCCGUUCCGGGUGGCGCCUCGUGUGCACCGGUUCAUAGCAUUAAUGACUUUUUUAUUCCCUCUCGUGGCUCACUUUUACCAUAACCGUUUUGCUCAUACUCGGUGGUCUGAAACUAGCGGCCUUGAAUUGUUGCGAGUAUAAUUAUAACAUUAAGAGGUUUUAAUAUAUCCACAUUCACAGAUUUAUAUAAACUAAAUUAGUUGGUCGUAUUUUUUCCGGUUGCCGUUACUGUGAAAGUAUAUUCUUGAAUCUCAAGUUAUUCACUUAUCAAUGCCAUCGUACCAUGUACUUAUAAUGCAGCAGUAGUGUUUAUCCGAUUCUAAUUUAAUAGAUCGUUAAUGAAGUGUAUCUAAUACAUUAUUCGUUAAUUAUACUAAAAGUUAGUCACUGAUUACGUUGACAUUUAAUUAAUGUUAUAAUCAAUUAAUUAGGCAUUUAACGAAAUUACUUCGUUAAUUUCUUGUUUGUUAUUCAUUAAUUAAUUAUACGAGUCGCGUUAGUUACUCUUAUCAUUAAACUAAUAAAAUUCUGGUUUGUUAUUGUUAUAAUAAAACAAUAUAACUAAUAUUAUCAAUAUCAUCAUAAAUGUAGUUCACACAAAUAUUAUCUUAAUUAAUUAAGUUAAAAUUUCGACGUUACCGAGUAAUAUUUCACCGAUAACCUUAUUUAAACAACACGUUAGUACUUAUCCAAAUGUCAGAAAUAGUAGCUUUAUUACUUUCGUAAUUUCUCUGAAAAAAAAACUUGCGUUGAAAAACCCUUGUUAGUUGUAACGUAACGUAUUGAACAUUUCCUACUGCUAUGCACUGCACAUAAAGUAAAGAUAAAUGAUAUGUUUAUCCUUAACAAUUUUCUUAUCAGUGUUUGUUCACCGCGCCAGUUCAUUCACUUCGUCGAUACUGACGACACGGCUUUAACUUUGAUAUAUAUCUAGAUAGGUAAUAGGUAUGUCUUGUCUGUUGUUUUAGAGCUAUUCAAAUGCAAUGGUUGCAAAUUAUUUGAACGUUGUAUGAGUAUGAUAUAGUCGUACGCUGUAUUAUGAGAUUUUGUGAUAAAUUUUAAAUUAUGUGAGGCAAGUUGCCAUAAAACGGUAAAUCUAAAGAGAAAUGAAAAUUUCCAAAACACCUGCAAGUAUUAUAGAAUAGAUACAAAAUAUUAGAUGCAUGUGUAGUUAUGGGUUUAUUAAUUUCCGUGGAAUAACCUUCGGUCACUGAGUAAUUUUUUUCCAAAACGAGACAUUAUUGCGAUAUCUGGUUAUAAUUUGAACUUAAUCUAUGUAUAUUAUGUGCAUGUGAUUUGUAUGCGUGUAAAUAUCGUUAAAUUUACUAAAAUUUAGUUGCAGUUAUUUAAGUUUUAAAUGUUUCUUUAGGUAGAAUAUUAUUAUUAUUAUUAUUCGAAGAUGAUAACAUUGAUAAACGAAUAUUACUACUUUAAGCAUCUUGAAAUUUCGCAUUUAUUAUUGUAUAAUAAUUAUGCAUGCAUUAAUACGUGUAUGGAAUUAAAAAAGGUAUAAUUUAUUGCAUGACAUUGAAUUUAUUAAGCAUCUAUUCCAAAAAUCUCAAUAUUGCGCAUUUAUUAUAAUCGUUAUUAUGAUAAAUUAAAUAAUUAAUUAAAUGGUUAAUUUACUUGUAUGACAUUGGGAAGAGUUAAUUACGCAUGUCUUGGUUUGCCGCUGUGAAUAAACGUUGAAUGUUUAUUCACAUUUGCAUACGUAUCGUACACACAUAAAUCAUUUAACUUAAACAUCCUAAGUACAUAUGCAUUAACCAUUAUUAAAACGCGGAAAGUUAUAGAAAACUAUACCUCAUUAAAUACGAUUUCUUGGAAGGGUUAAUAAACUUGAACGGCGAAUCAGUAAUUUCAUUUUUAUUCGUUUAUGUCUUUUAAUGUUAAGGGUCCAACAAUGAGAACACCAGAUAAAGUUCCAUAUAAUGUAGAUAAAUGUGUAUAUAACUAAGUUAUACACACCAAAUCGUUGGGUUUUACACGAAUACAGGCUGUUUAGUUAGUUUACUGCAUAUAUAUACAUAUAGUUCCGUCUUGUGUUAGCUUAUUGCGUCGUUUGCGUGGGACGACACGAUAAAUCGGUUCUUGUUUUAUUUUUCUCUAAGAUAGACUCGACGUAGACGAGGAGUUAUUACAGUGUGUUAUCAACUAGGGAGAAAAAAGCGAUCUUUCGCACGAGUUACCUCUUCUAUGUAAUCUAAAGCACCAAUAGUUUGUGAAUACCGCAGCUUUACUUCUUAAACAGUGACAUCGUACUUACCUACUUGAAUUGUUAAAAAAAUCCAAAGAAGCAUUCUGUUUACAAGUAGGUCAAUUACUGCAGAUAGUUUUAUAACUUUUCAGUACGUUUAAGUGUAUACUGAAUAUCAUAUAAAAACAACUUGGUUGAACCAGUUCUUUUUUGAGACGACCUGCGUUUUCUUUUUGUUUAUAACUAAAAUUCCGAAAAGAACACUACCGUGCUAGGUCAACCAGUUUAUUAAAGACUUUUCGUACUUAGUUUAUGUUCAAAAGAAUCUUGUCUUGUAAUUAGUGGAUUGUGGCAUGAAUGGAUUUCGUUUUAUAUUUUAUUUAAUUGAAAUAAAAUUAAAAAACGACUUCGUAAAAACACAAUUAUCAUAUUGUUUUUUUUUUCAACUUCUGAUGAUGGUUUUGAUAAAAGUAAAAAAUAUAUAUAAAAUUGUGAAAUUUAUCAAUGUAAUGAAAACGUUAAAAAUUAAUGAAAUAAUAAUAAAUAAAAUUAUACCACUUAUUUAAGCUCAAUAUUUCGUAAUACAAGUAUGUCAUGUCCGUCGACCAUUUAAUUUAUAUUGGACCAUCUUUGACAACUGCGUACGUAUAAUUUAUUUUUUUAAUUACGAGAACAUUAUGUUUAUUUGUAAAGAACUGCUGAACUCGUUUCAUACGUUAUAUUCGUGUGUAAUAUAUCAUUAGUGCAUUACAUAAAAUGUAACAACCUAUAAUCAUAAUACGUGUAUACUAAGCCUACAUUCUUGGCGGGAUCUUAAUGCGUUAUGCAUACAGGCAGCGCAGUGUUGAUUGUAAUGUAUAUCAAGUUAUUAUCGCUCUUCAAAUGACAAACCGGUCACAUUAAUAUCGCACAGGGUCCCCUCUGUUAGAUAGAGAGCCAGUGACAGCCAGACCUUCCUUAUUUUACAAAUUUUCUCAGUUCGUCAGCUAAUGCUCCUACCAUAGAUAAAUAAGGUAGCCCAUUAAGGAGUUUGGACCGUGAUUACGUUUUUUUUUAAAGAAUACUUGCCUUCUAUUUUGAAUAUGACCAAUAUUCUCAUUCCCCUCCAUUUAGUCGGAAUACACUGUGUUAUGAAUGGGUACGACAAUAGUUCAGCGGGCGGGGAUCAAACCACGGCCACGAUAAUGAGUCCGACCCUUUCACCGUUGAGCUAAUGAGGUUUUACUUUGAGAAUUAGCAAAGAGGUACUAGCGAAGCGUUGCCAUGGAGACAAUUGACUGUCGACUGGGGAUAUAAUAUCUCAUAUUGCGAAGCAAAUAUAAAAAAAAUACACUAUACACUUCGAUGGCUGAGGGUUUAUACUACAAACCAAAUUAAAAAUGAGGGCAUAAAUCGCUAGUCAUUUCACACAUAAUAAUAAUUAUAAUUAUCUUGUUCUUAAAUUAAUAAAAAUAAAGUCGAUUAAUAAGCUUAGAACGAUUAGAUAUAGUUAAUGUAUUUUGAAUCACACUUUCACCCUUGAGGUUUCAAGGGUGAAACCUGCUACUUUAGGAGGUUACAUUUUAUUUAGUUAUUAUAGGAUUUACCUAUGGUAGGAUCAUGAGCUGACAAACUUUCAGAUUUUAUAAAAUGAAGAAAGUCAGGCUGUUGCUGGCUCUUAGUCUAUAUGGCCUGUUAUCCAAAAGUAAAAGGGUGACAGUAUUUUUUUUAUUUUUAUUACACUGAUAAGAUAUUAGUAGUGUCGUGAGAGUAGAGUGAAAUUUAUUGAAGCACCAUUAACGUGAUAUGUUAUACAAAAUAAAAACUUUACAUAAAUAAUUUAUAGGCUGUUUUGAAAUGUCAGUAAAAAGCUAGUGUCAACUUUUCUUAGUAAGUGUGCCUUUUGGAUAUAAAAAUGAUUUUCUAAAUGUUCUACGUUUUAUCUGUGAAUGUCUGUCUGUUGGAUUUUUUAAAACAAUUCGGUUGUCUAGAGAUAUUUUAACCUAAAUUAAAUACUUCAUGACGGAUACGGUAAAAUUUAUAGUUUAUCGAUAACACACGCUUAAAUAAUUUUAUUUCUAAAAGAAAUCCACAUUGUUGUUAAGACGGUUAUCUACGGGAUACUAAGUUUUUUUAAUUGUCUACGUCGAGUCUUUUUCUUGUCUCGGGAACAAUUGAAUGUUAACAGCUGUAAAACUCAACGAUACACUAAAGAGUAAUGUAAACAAAAUAGGCUAUGUCUUAGGGCUCCCGCAGACCAUAGACUUGCCUGGCAGACAGUUUAGUCGAUCGGCUGAUGAAUGUAAAAUUUACUUUGCCGCGACGGUAUCUAAUUUAAAAAUUGUCAGAUUUGAAUUGUCUGGCUUAAUUUUGCAACUUCGCAACUUGACCGACUGUUCUAUCCAUUAACCUAUGCUUUACACUAUUGAUCCUCUAUAGCUUAGCAGAUUAGGUGAAACAUCGUAAGUUUAAACUAUAAAAACACGAUGUUAUGUUACCCUAAAUCUUAUGUUUUCUUGAAGUUGCAAUCUUGACUUUAUUGUUAAUAGUUCUUAAGUGUGACUGAAAAACCCGGUUAAUGCUUCUGUAGAGGCAUUGUUCAAAACUGCACUAUGCCGCUACAGAAGUUUUCACUUCAAAAAUAAUCGCAUAUAUCUAGCAUAAAAUUUAAAUUUAUCGAGUAUUGAGAGAAGUGUAGCUGAAAUUAUGCAUGAAGAAGCCACGAUGCGACUAAAAUGUCUGCCGUUCAAGAGUCGAUAAUUUGCCGGUGCCCUUAACUUACUGAGUGAAUGCAUUUUAUACAUAAAAUUAUAAAUAGGUUUAUUCAUUUGUUUUGUGUACGUCGUGACGCACGAGUUACACGCUUGCACACUAUUUUUGUACAAUAAAAAAACCAUCAUGCCCUUAUA